AUGGCACCCCAAACCUCGACUCGCGAUAUACAAAUGAUCGACUCCAUCGGCGCUCUGGAGAAAUUACUCAACGAGCUCGAUUACCCCUCGCAUAAACCCGCCGCUCUGUUCUUCGACGUCCAAACCAUCAAUCCAAGAGAAACGGCUCAAUCUCAAUUAUCUCCCUCUUCGUUCGACCAAUCAAAAAGUCUCGCCGAUAACUCGCUCAAGCUCCUGCUUGAAUCUCCCGCCGCGUCAAAGAUCUUAUUCGACGUCGGAAACGCCUCUGCCGCGCUGUUCAAGCAUCACGGGAUUUGCCUGAACGGAAUCAAAGACCUCCAGGUUAUGCAACUCGCAACGCAGGAUCCACGCGCCCAGCAAGCUCAAGCCGCAAGCUUGGGGACCUGCGUCGAGAAAGACGCGCAUAUUCCUCCACGGUCUCUCGCGCUGUGGAAGCAGGUGCACAGCACUGUGAAGCAACUGCGUGAUCCGGCCAAGGGAGGAAGCGACGCUGUGUUCAAAGAGCGGCCUCUCAGGAAGACAAUCCUCGAUUAUCAUUUGCAGAACGUUUUGAUCCUACCGUGGCUGUGGGUCGUUUACUGCGAAACGCUCUGCAAGCCGAACAAUGCCUUCUGGCGGAGCAUGGUCUUUCACACGGUCCGGGAUAGGAUUAGAGAAUCGAUGGACCCCGCUCGCACCGGUGGAGCUGAUGCCAAACAUUGGGGUUGGAGUAGGGAGUUUAUUGAGACUAGCAAGCUCGGAUGGAACGAGGAUAUACUUCUUGAGCUUGAGGGAAUUCCCAUGGUGGGCCGCUGCUGGCUUGAUCCCAACUUUUUCUGA